AUGAUUCGAAGAUACAUUGCAGCAUUAAAAGAAGAAGUCGGCGAUGAGUCUACAAACAACUGCAUGAGCGGUGUCAACAAAAAGCGCGACAAGAGGAAGGUGCUAAAGAAUCUCAAAGGCGCACUGAAAGGCCUCUUAGCUGCUGAUAAUGGUUCUGCAAGCGCCCGGCCUAGUGCUGAAGUCGCUUUAACAAAACCGAGCACUAGCGAAGAGCCCAAACGCGCGACCCCGCCGCGUAGCCUACAUACGCCCCACGUCCCGGAGCAAAUGUCUCAGUCACCCAAGCUGAGCAAACAGGAGCCACCAUCUUCAGACAAGGUUGUGUACAUUAUGUCCAAGGAGUCUCAUUUGAUUCCUAAGCUCACUGAUGAGCAGGUGAUGAGCCGACACAAACAAGCCGAUGAGAACAUGAAGCGCGUCUGGGCGCAUCUCAUUGAGAAAUAUGGGUCACUUGAGGACCAGGGGGAUGUACUUGAUCUAGCUACAGGCGAAAUAAUCGAGGACAACGGCCAUGUUCGAGGCCUUGGCACCCAAACAACAGACAACAACGAGAGAUACGUGAGCGUGCUGAGUGACUUACUAGAUAUUGACACAACUACAGACAACGUGUGGGAUAUGAGCAGCGAGACGGAGGAGGAAGCAUCAGAAGAGGCCGGCGAGCCACCCCUCAGCCCCGAAACCUGA